GAGAUCGGGCCAUGGAGGCGGCGGCGGCGGCGGCGCUGGGGGCGGGCGCGGCGCUGCUGCUGGGGCUCUACGCGCUGGUCUACUACACCUUCGUGGCGGCCACCCGGUGCCGGAACGCGGUCAGCCUGCGGGGCAAGACGGUGCUCAUCACAGAUGGAAAUUCUGGGAUUGGGAAGGCCACAGCAGUGGAUCUGGCCCGGAGAGGCGCCCGUGUCAUUCUGGGAUGCUGCAACAAAGCGAGAGGAGAAUCAGCCGUGUACGACAUCCGACAGGAAAGCGGGAACUCGGAGGUGAUCCUGAUGAUCCUGGAUCUGGCCAGCCUGAACUCCGUGCGAGCUUUUGCACAGACCUUCUUAGCAUCGGAGCCCCGUCUGGACAUCCUCAUCAACAACGCAG